GAGAGGACAUAUAAGGCCGCCAGAUCAAGCCUCGUGCUCACUUCUUCGUUGACCUCUCUUCCUCCUCCUCCUCCUCCUCCUGGUCCUGCAGUGAUAUCCUUCUCACUCCUACGGGUUCCUGCAGCUCCUUCGUCAUGCUGGGAGCGCUGGUGUGGAUUUGCUGCCUCACGGUGGUAGCGGCGCAGCGGGGCGGGGGAGCCUUCCUACCGGGGCAGGUUCUGACGGGCGGUAACAAUCUCCCCCCCACCACACCUGUGCCUAUCCUGAAGGACUCGCGCAGAAUCGACCUUCAGACCGGCGCCUUCGUCUACGAGUACAUUGGCGGCGAUGGCUCCUCUAAGUUCGAGUUCCGGUACCCCAACGGAAGGGUGGUGGGGAACUACAGCUUCGUGAACGAGCAGGGCGAGCUGGAGACGCGCCACUACAACCACGGCGGCGAGGUGGACGAGACCACUGACCCCAACUACGUGGACCUCGGCAACUACGAUCUGUACCGUCACUUGGAGCGUCCCUACGUGCACCAGGAGGGAUCAUCACAGCUCGAAAGCCCCCAGCAGCAACUCCAGUUCGCCCCGCAGCCGAUCCAACGCCAGCAGCAGCCCAGACAGAGGCAGAGGCAGCGUCGCCCUCGCCCGGUCCAACCUCCAGUUCAGUUCCAGGACCAGUUCCAGCCGGCCCCGCAGCCCCAGCCCCAGCCCCAGCCCCAAUUCCAGCCUCAGCCCCAGUUCCAGCCACAGCCCCGACCACAGCAACAAUUCCAGCCCCAACCACAGCCCCAGUUCCAGCCUCAGCAACAAUUCCAGCCUGCCCCAACCCACGCCCCCGCCCCAGUCCAGCCACAGCCCGUCCCAGCCCUCUUCACCCAGCCCAGGCUUCUGGACACCCCGACCUUCAACAUCCCCGCCCCCGCACCCGCACGGCAGCAGCACAGACUGGACCUGAGACAAAGCCCCCAGCCGCAGCCAGCCAGACGCGGCUCGACUGAUGACUUCCUGGACAGUGUAAUCGCAAGGUUCAAUUAAUAUAGUGUAGUAUAUAAGGUUCUUUUCUAAGCUCGUGUUCCGUAUCCUUCUUCCCCUCUCAUCGUACGCCGUGUUCACGAUGAUGUUCUUUCUUUAAUUAAAAUCGUAUGCCUCAA